CUAUUAGCCAAGAUGGUCAGGACGUUCAUGCCUGCUGACCUCAUGGACCAGCUGUCUUCCCUGAAGGCCACGGCAGAAGACAUGAAAGAUGUAAAGGCCAAGGUAAGGAAGCUGCAGAAUGUCCUUGAAGCAGAGGUGGCAACAGAAGCAGAUCAGAAAGUGAAGGGAUCCAGUCAGAUUAACCUGCAGUUAGGUUACCUCAGAUCGACAGUACAUGACAUAGAGAAAGAGCUGCAGGAGCUGAGGGAGCAGCAGGAUCACGGCAAAGCCAAGUUGGAGCAGUCGGUCACUGACACAGCCCUCUACCUGCAGGAACAGUUAGACAAGCUUAGAUCUAUCAUAGAGAACAUGAUGACCUCCUCAUCCACCUUGCUAUCCAUGAGCAUGCCCACUAGCCCAGAGCCUGGGGAGGCAGCGCCGAAUGGCACGUGCCCAGCCUGCAGCCUAGAUGUCAGCGAGCAGGUUAGCCAGCUGUUCAAACGCUAUGAACAGCUGCAGGAUUUAAUUAGCAGCUUCAUGACGAGGCACACGGAAAGCAAGCCAGCAAAGAGGCCGCAGCUGAGGAGCCAGGACGAAGAGCUGCUGAGUCGCAUCCAAAACACCAUCCUCCAGGUGCAAGGAGACUGUGAGAAUCUCCUUGCCACCACAGGGAACCUCAUAGAAGACCAUCGGCAGAAGCAGAAAGAUAUUGCUCUUCUCUUCCAGUCGCUGGAGAAGUUGGAAAAAGAGAAAGCAGACAAGGAGCAUCUGGAGACAGAAAUUGACGUGAAAGCAGACAAGAUCGCCCUGGCUGGCAAAGUCAGCCGCACCCAGUUUGAUGCCACCACGGAGCAGCUGAAUAAGAUGAUGCAGGAUCUGGUGAACAAGAUGAGCGGGCAGGAGCAGGACUGGCACAAAGUGCUCGACAAAAUCUUGGUGGAGAUGGACUCCAAGCUGGACCGCCUGGAAUUAGAUCCCUUCAGACAGCAGCUGGAAGAGCGUUGGAAGGCCAUCCGGAAACAGCUGAAGGAGAGGUCUCCGCAGUAUGCAGCGGAUGAUGCUGCUGGAAUUAGAAAAAGACUGAUGGCUCAUUUCCACUGCAUUUCCUGCGACAGACCUCUGGAAAUGGUGGUGCCUGGCCCGACCAUCAUGACCAUCCCCUCCGUGCCGGGGUUACCAUCCCACCGCUCCAUCCGGCCCUACACCGUCUACGAACUGGAGCAAGUCAGGCAGCACACCCGCAGUCUGAAGUUAGGCCUUAGGCCCUACCCUCACUUGGAUGUGCUCCAGCUGGAGAAGAGCGCGGGCCUUGGCAAGCUGCGCAGCAUCCACUCCAAGAUGCUCAUGGACAUAGAGAAGGUGCAGAUCCACUUUGGAGGCUCGGCGAAGGCCAGCAGUCAGAUGAUCAGGGAGAUAAUGCAGUCGCAGUGUCUCAGCCCAGGCCAGUAUAACAAACGUGACAAGAUGGCGGAGAUGGCAGAAUAUGGUUACCUGUCCAUGCCUCGGCGCUGCGGCGGCAGCCACACCCUCACCUACCCCUACCGGCGCUACACACGGCUGCAGCAGAUCUCCCAGUGUAUGCCGGUGCAUCCCGAGGAGACUGCCAUGCUGACAGUGAUGAAGCAUGAAGAGGUGGAUAUCCUGGGCCUGGAUGGACACAUCUACAAAGGGCGGAUGGACACUCGGCUCCCAUCAAUUUCAGCCAAGGAUGGUCCUUUGAAGUCCAAACCCAAGAUCUCCCGGUCUUCAUCCCAACGGCAGCCGGCCCUGAUGGACACAGCCAGCCUCCCUGCACGCCCGCACAGUGCCAAACUGUCUUCCCCCAGCAAUUCAGGUACAGCUAGGUCACUAAAGAACAGGCCCGUGUCAUCAGAGGGUCGACUGUCCCGGGUGGACCUGACCCAUCUAUCAACCUCAACACUUCCCCCUGAGGAGGGAAGAGAAGAUUCUCCCAUGCAGGAGAAAGAAACCCUAGAGCUUCAGCUGGACCUUUCCAUGCGCCGGCGAUCGGCUGAGCAGCCGGCUCCGUUACAGUGACUGCGAUGGCAGGAAAGCAGCGCUCGCUGACGGAAGCCAGGCAAUAAAGAGUGAGCAGAACAGAGAGGAGGCUGUGUACAUGCGUCGCAGCGAUAGGAACAGGGAGCUUUUUGUGCGGUCCCUGCGGCAAACAGGACCUAGGGCUGUUCCACGCAGCAGCACUGUGAAAAGGCGGAGGUGGGCAGCACAGUCAGUUGUGAAAACAAUUCAUCCCUGGCCUUUGCAAAUCCUUCCCUCACUGCUGCUAGCUUUGCCUGAGUAGAUUUUGCAAAUACCAGAUCUUCUGCCUAAGCUAGUUUGACACCGGCUCAUUU